GUCCAUCCUGCCUCUGCUGUCGCAUCUAUCUCCUGCUUCUGACACUGUGAGAUCUCAUCAGCAGGAUGCCUGAGCAUGUGCAAGAGAGGAAGCCAAAGAUCUCAGCUUCAAGGAAGCUUAUGCUCAAGAGUCUGAUGGUGGCAAAGGCCAAGGAGGAAUUGGAGCAGGAGAUCCUUGUAAAAGAGGAGGAGAAACAGAAGUAUCUAGUAGAGAGAGCUCCUCCUCUAAACACCAGCGGACUGAGCCUUGCACAGCUACAGGAUCUCUGCAGGGAGCUCCAUGCUAAAAUAGAUGUGGUAGAUGAGGAGCGAUAUGACAUUGAAGCCAAAGUCAUGCUCAACACACGUGAGAUUAAAGAUCUGAACAUCAAGGUGUUAGACCUCAGGGGGAAAUUCAAGAGGCCUAAUCUUCGACGUGUUCGUGUGUCUGCUGACGCCAUCCUCCGUUCGCUGCUGGGCUCCAAGCACAAAGUCUCCAUGGACCUCCGAGCCAACCUCAAGUCUGUCAAGAAAGAGGACACCGAGAAGAAGAGGCCAGUAGAAGACAGUGACUGGAGGAAGAAUGUGGAGGCCAUGUCAGGGAUGGAAGGAAGGAAGAAGAUGUUCGAUGCUGCUAAAGGUCCUGCCCAAUGAACACAGAAGGUGGGAUGGUGCCACAUGAACACCAGCACUCCUCCUGCAUCUGACUUGAUAUUGUUACAGUUUUUAUCAGCUUCUGCAUUGUUUGUCUCAUGCUCUCACCUUUGGGUAUGCUCCUGCACUGGAGGUGAGAAGAUGUCCCCAACCUCCCAAAAGGUUUUUGUCCUCUUCUGUUUGCUGUUCAUUGACGAGGUGUUAAAAUGACUAUAUCUACAUAUGUGCCAUGUAUAAUUAUUAAUAUCAUUAACAUUACUGAUAUUGCACCAGAACCCCAGUUAUAUACGCUUCUUGUGUUUUCGCAGAAAUGUGCAUCUUGUAUCUCUAAUAGACAAAUGUGGAUAGUAUCGUUGCUUCAUCCGCAGGCCUAAUGAUAUUAUAGCCAAUGAUCUGGCCAAAUGAAAUUGAAUAUUUAAUACUCUUGCUUGGGGAUAAACUGUAAGCAUGGGUUGUGGUUUUAUGAACAGUAACAAAAUAAUGUACACUUCACCGAAUGUAUUUACAUGAAAACUGACACAGCAAUAAAACACACACACUUAAUCUAA